UCUAGCACUGACGCCACUGGUCUGGCCGGGCUCUCAGAACGUGUUUUGCUGAAAACAUAAGCAAACGUUGGAAUGUUCUCCGUGUAUUCAUACACCUUGGAUGCUUUCCUCUGGCUCCUGCGUUCAUUCCUCCAAUGAGAUGAUCACAUAUCAGCCCCAAAGGGAGAGGUGGAGAUGUCACAGGAGUGUGUGGCCAAGGGGAGUGGCUGGCUGGUGGAGGAAAACGAAUAUGAAGUGGUUUCUCUGGAGGAUCUGCCAGGAGAGAUGUCCCAGGAUACCACAGGGAGGCUGUCAAGAGGUCUGAGGAAGAAAGAACAGACCCCAAAGAGACUGAGACUCAUUCUGGUGGGGAAAACAGGAAGUGGGAAAAGUGCAACAGGAAACAGCAUCCUUGGCAAAAAAGUAUUUGAGUCUAAACUCAGUACUAGAUCAGUGACCAAGACCUUCCAGAGAGGCAUCCGAGAGUGGGCCGGGAAGGAACUCGAGGUGAUUGACACCCCUGACAUCUUGUCCUCUCUGUUCCAUCGGGAUGUGGAAGCCCGGAUCUGUCAAGCCAUCACCUUCUCCUCGCCAGGGCCUCACGCUGUGCUCCUGGUGACACAGCUGGGCCGAUUCACAGAGGAGGAUAAGCAGGCAGUCAGGCGUCUCCAGGAGAUCUUUGGAGUGGGGAUCCUGGCACACACCAUCCUAGUGUUCACCCGGAAGGAAGACCUUGCUGGCCGCUCCUUGGAAGAGUACCUGCACGAGACCGACAACCAGGACCUUGCCAAGCUGGAUGUGCUGUGCGAGCGUCGCCACUGUGGCUUCAGCAACAGAGGGGAGAGGGCUGAGCAGGAGGCCCAGCUGCAGGAGCUCAUGGAGAAAGUGGAAGGAAUCCUGUGGGAAACGGAAGGCCACCACUUUAGCAACAGGGCUUACCAAUACUCCCAGCAGUGCCUUCUGCUCAAAGGAGAGCAGGAAACUGGAAUGACCCAGGCAGGCUCUGGGGAGUGUUCUGUCGAGGAGUCCUGCUUGGCAGGGCUGCCCCAAGUCCAAAAGGAGUCUGAGAAAACUCAUAAAUACCUCCUGGGGAGGGUGCCCUUUUGAACCCAUGCUGGCUAUGACGAAGGGCCUUCCCCAGCCCUGUAUCCAGCCCCCAUUUCGGGCUCUCUCCAUCCCACACAGCACUGCUCAGUCCCCAGGUCAGAGUGUCUGGUAUGGCCAGAGGGAUGAGGACCUCUGUCUGGGUGCCCU